CCCGUGCGUGCGUGGGACUCCCGGGCGCCAAGGCCGCGCGCCCAUGCGGCGGGGAAACUCUAUAAAAGGGCACACGGGUGCUGAGCUUGGUGCUAUCUACCCACCCAUAGCCUGCACUGAGCCAGCCACCGCAAGGAGGAAGAAGAAGAGGGGGAGAGAGGGGGUAAGAAGAAGGUUUCGGUUCGGACGAGAUGGCGCCGGCGCCGGUGCCCCUGCUCGUCGCCGCCUUCUCCCUGCUCUUCGCGGCGGCGACUCCGAUCAGGGACGUCGCCGACGCCUGCUCCUCGCAAGUGCAGGCUGCAGAUUUCGAGCACCUGAACAGCACCGCCAUGCACCUCCCGCUGCACCACUCGCGGGGGCCCUGCUCGCCGGUGUCCGUCCCGUCGGACCUCCCGUUCUCGGCGGUGCUCACCCACGACGACGCCCGCAUCGCGUCCCUCGCCGCGCGCCUCGCCAAGGCGCCGUCGUCGUCCUCGGCGCGCCCCGCGGUCACGGUGGCCUCGCUCUACCGGGCGAACGACGACGUCGACGGCGUCGCGGCCUCCCUGGCGUCCGUGCCGCUCACUCCGGGUACGUCGUACGGCGUGGGCAACUACGUGACCCGCAUGGGCCUCGGCACCCCAGCCAAGCCGUACGUCAUGGUGGUGGACACCGGCUCCUCCCUCACCUGGCUCCAGUGUUCCCCCUGCCGGGUGUCGUGCCACCGCCAGUCCGGCCCGGUGUUCGACCCCAAGACGUCCAGCUCCUACGCCGCCGUCUCCUGCUCCACGCCGCAGUGCAACGACCUCUCCACCGCCACGCUCAACCCGGCGGCCUGCUCCUCCUCCGACGUCUGCAUCUACCAGGCCAGCUACGGCGACAGCUCCUUCUCCGUGGGGUACCUCAGCAAGGACACCGUCUCCUUCGGCUCCAACAGCGUGCCCAACUUCUACUACGGGUGCGGGCAGGACAACGAGGGCCUCUUCGGCCGCUCCGCCGGCCUCAUGGGCCUGGCCCGCAACAAGCUCUCGCUGCUCUACCAGCUCGCGCCCACCCUCGGCUACUCCUUCUCCUACUGCCUCCCGUCCUCCUCCUCCUCCGGCUACCUCUCCAUCGGCUCCUACAACCCGGGCCAGUACUCCUACACGCCCAUGGUGUCCAGCACACUCGACGACUCGCUCUACUUCAUCAAGCUCUCCGGGAUGACCGUCGCCGGGAAGCCGCUGGCCAUCUCCUCCUCCGAGUACUCCAGCCUGCCCACCAUCAUCGACUCCGGCACGGUCAUCACGCGCCUGCCCACCACCGUCUACGACGCCCUCAGCAAGGCGGUGGCGGGGGCCAUGAAGGGGACCAAGCGCGCGGACGCCUACUCCAUCCUCGACACCUGCUUCGUGGGCCAGGCGUCGAGCCUGCGCGUCCCGGCGGUCAGCAUGGCCUUCUCCGGCGGUGCGGCGCUUAAGCUGUCGGCGCAGAACCUGCUCGUCGACGUGGACAGCUCCACGACGUGCCUCGCCUUCGCGCCCGCCAGGAGCGCCGCCAUCAUCGGCAACACCCAGCAGCAGACGUUCAGCGUCGUCUACGACGUCAAGAGCAACAGGAUCGGCUUCGCCGCCGGCGGCUGCAGAUAAUUCCUUUGGAACAAGGUGCACGCAAGCAGCGCAUGCAUGCGCGGAAUGGGUUUAAUUUAAUUUAAUUUGCUACAUGCACGUUCACUUUCUCAACUCGUCAUUCGACCGAUGUUGACGACUACACGCCACAAGGUAGAUAAAAAGGAGGUACGUAGUUGAUUAAGUGGUGUACAUGCAUGCAUGUUUAAUUAUCACAGCUUCGUUGUGUUACAUAAAAAAGGAGACAUCGAGCACAAAACAUAUUAGUGCUAUUUAUAGGAUUGAAGCUAUUUAUAUUGCUCAGACCAGAUAUUGAAAGUGGAAAUGCAUAACUUGAAUGUCACGUAGCCAGAACAUGUGAAACACUUGUGUCAUGUAAAUUCUUUGGCAAUUACUGGUCAAAAAUAAUGUACCACUUUGUAUAGCUAAGUUAAAGGGUGUGCCUUUGUUUCGAAUAUGGUCCUUAGAACUUCAAAAAUUGCUCCUGUUUGAGAGCACGUAAUUUGUAAAAUUGAAAACUGUAUAUUGUAUUGAUGUGAUCUUUGCAGAAUCAGAAUUGAUUUAUAACAUUUCUUGCACGA